ACAACUGUGUGUGCGACACCAGCGUUGCAGCGUUGGUUGCCACAGGUGACUCGGGUAGGUUGGGAGAAGCAGCACAUCGUCGCCGGAGGAGUGCAGGGAGGUCAUUUGUUUAUCUCUGGACUGCGGCGAAACUAGCUUCUAAUCAAAGCGUGUCGGCUUUAGAUGCGGAAAGGCGGCAGGUUGAAGUGAAAUAUGCGGCUCCAGAGUCCUCGUCGGACCGCUCAGCUGUAGGAAGGACGGCGGUGUCGGUCGCUUGUCGUCGUCUCAUUAUUUCUGUCUCAGAGCAGAUAAAAAAAAAUAAAAAAUAAAAUCUAAAAUAAUUUCAGGGCAACUUGUUGGUUGGGGGGGGAUUUGGAUUGGAAAUCACGCGCGUGUCUGACAUGCCACCUUCACGGUCCGUUCUGCUGGUGGGAGAGGGGAACUUCUCCUUCUCCUCCUCGGUGUGUAAGCUGCAGCCGGAAUCGGGGAGCAGCGUGACGGCCACCUGCCUGCAGCAUCAGGAGGAGGCACUGCGACACGAAGGGGCAGCCGCCAACAUCCAGGCCAUCAAGGACUCAGGAGGCACCGUCCUGUUCGAGGUGGACUGCACGAGGCUGGGGGAGUGCGCCUUGCUCAAGGGCCGCGUGUUUGACCGGGUGGUGUUCAACUUCCCCCACUGCGGGAGGAAGAGCGGGGUGAAGAAGAACAGAGAGCUUCUCAAAAACUUCUUCCUUAGCUGCGUCGAGGUCCUGGCCGAGGACGGGGAGGUCCACGUCUCCCUGUGCAACGGGCAGGGCGGGACCCCGGCGGACCGGCCCAAGCGCGAGUGGCACAACAGCUGGCAGGUGAGCGCCAUGGCGGCCGAGGCUCACCUCGUCCUGAGCGCCGUGCGUCCGUUCGAAAGCGACAGCCUCCCGAGCUACAAGGCCACCGGAUACAGGAGCCAGGAUAAGGGCUUUCAUGUGGAGAAAGCCCUGCUGCACGUGUUUUCACGCAGCGCCCCCUACACUCCGGCCCAGACGCUUCAGAUGGAGGAGCUGCUUGAGGGGGAGAAGGUCCACUACAACAUCCCAGCUGAGCUCAGCGACUACGCAUUCAGGAGGUUCCUGCGCUCAGAUUCCGUCCAUCCCGUCAAGCUGGUGCAGGACUUCCUCCUGGAGGGGCUCUCAGAAAGGCGGCCGGUCUCCAUGAAGGAAGAACCUCUCCCCAUCCUGACGUCGGCCAAGCGGCUGCGGGCGUGCCGCCACGCCGUCGACGAGUCGCAGUGCUACUGGAUCCGUCCGCUCCAGAAAGAGGUCGCCUCGCAGGUUCACGGGACCGACGCGCCUCGCCCCAGCACAGAGGCGACUUCGGCGCCCGCCAAGGCGGACAAGGCGAGGAGCAAUGCUAGUCUGGAAGCGGACGGGGGUGUCUACACGCUGCGUCCGUCGCUAAUUCCUCAGCUGGAGGAGCUCCGGAUAAGCAAAGAGGAUAUUGCUGACGGCGCCCAGCCUGGGGAGGAAGUCGGUACCAGUUCUGAGGUGGCGGGUGACGAGGAGGGAGAAGCCUGUGAGGGCUGUAACGGGACCUCCAGCUCGCUGUUUGGGGUCAGCGGGGUGGUGUUCAGGAGCGUACCCAUCAGCCUUUGGGCUCUGCCUGCCUUCCAUGAGCUUCUCCUCUCGGGUGUUUUCCCUUUGGAGAGUGAGCCAAUUAAAUUGAUAUCACACGAGCUGGAAAGGCUCCUCUCCCCCUAUGGGGUCUCCAUAGCUACCGACGAGGCAGGCCCGCAUCUGAUGGCUCAGCCGAUGGGUUCGAUCGGUAGGGUGUUUGCGAGCGACGCGGCCGACGGCCACGUCACGGUCGGCGCGUCUCUAAAUUUAGACCUCCUGGCUGUUCUCCUGUUCUCUCUCCCCGACUGGCGGCUGCUUUGGUCUCACGACCCGCGCUUCUCCGAGCAGUUCUCCCUCCGACCGCCACCGGGGACGUCCUUCCAGCCGUUCUCGCUGUACCCCGAGUCCUUCAGCUUCGACGUCAGCUUCUGGACGGGACCGGCGUGGGAGGAGAGAAGGUUCCACGCGGCCGUCCGAGAGGCCAGCCGCGGCACCGUGGAGCACGUGAGACUGAUCGACACGUUCUCGCACCCCGACCUGAGUCAGACCAGCUACUGCUACAGACUCGUCUACCACUCGCACACGCACGCCCUGUCGCACACGCAGGCCCUGAGGUUUCACAAGCAGCUGGAGGUUUUACUCACCGCUCGUCUGCAGGUCAUAAUCAGGUAUCAUGAGUUCCUGUUUAUUUCCUAUAAACGCCACUCGGCGGAGCAGCGCUCGCGAAACAUGGCGGCCAAGGCGCUCCGGCAGCGAGCCAGACGAGGCAGCAGACAAGAUGCGAACAACGUGAACGUCCCAGCCGAGGCACGGCCGACGAAAGAAGAGAAAGCCGGCGAUGAAAGCAAAACAGCAGAGACCCGGCAAGAGCCGAUAAGUCGCGGAGGGCAGGUCUGGGCUCCAGAAGGGUCGACGGCAUUCAAAUGUCUCCUCUCUGCACGCUUCUGUGCCGCCUUGCUGAGCAACAUCUCAGACUGUGACGAGACGUUUAACUACUGGGAGCCUAUGCACUUUCUCUUGUACGGGACAGGAAUGCAAACGUGGGAAUAUUCCCCGCUGUACGCCAUCAGGUCCUACGCUUACCUGUGGCUACACGCGCUUCCUGCCUGUUUGCACGCCCACGUCCUGCAGACUAACAAGGUGUUGGUGUUCUACUUUGUGCGCUGUGUGUUAGCGUUCUGCUGCUGUGUGUGUGAACUCUAUUUUUACAAGGCAGUUUGUAAGAAGUUUGGUUUGCAUGUGGGGCGUCUGAUGUUGGCGUUCCUUGUCCUGAGCACGGGGAUGUUCUGCUCCUCGGCAGCUUUUCUGCCUUCCUCCUUCUCCAUGUACACAACCCUGAUCGCCAUGACGGGGUGGUUUCAGGACUCCACCCCGAUAGCUGUUAUGGGCGUGGCUGCAGGUGGAAUCAUUGGAUGGCCAUUUUCUGCCCUCAUUGGGUUUCCGAUUGCGUUCGACCUGCUGGUGAUAAAGAGAGAGUGGAAAAGUUUCCUGAUCUGGUGUGCUCUCGCUUUGCUUCUGCUGCUGGUCCCUCUGGUGGUGGUGGACUCCUUCUUUUACGGCAAACUCGUGAUCGCUCCACUCAAUAUCCUGCUUUACAAUGUCUUUUCAGAGCACGGGCCUGACCUUUAUGGUACAGAGCCGUGGCCAUUUUACUUCGUUAACGGAGUCCUGAACUUCAACCUGGUGUUUGUUUUGGCGCUGUUUUCCCUGCCGCUCACCGCGCUCAUGGAGACGCUGUUGCACAGGUUCAAUGUUCAGAACCUGGGCCGCCCGUACUGGCUAACCCUUUCCCCCAUGUAUCUGUGGAUGCUGGUUUUCUUCACUAGACCUCAUAAAGAGGAACGUUUUCUCUUCCCCAUCUACCCGCUCAUCUGCCUCAGUGGGGCAGUAGCGCUCUCUUCUUUACAGAAAUGCUACCACUUCCUGUUCCAGCGAUACCGACUGGAGCACUACACGGUUUCCUCCAACUGGCUGGCCCUGAGCGCUGUUGUUGCCUUCACGGUGCUGUCACUGUCUCGCUCCGUUGCCCUCUUCAGAGGCUACCACGCGCCGCUGGACCUGUACCCAGAGUUUCACCGUAUUGCCAAGGAUCCAACGCUGCACUCAGUGCCCAGUGGCAGACCGGUCAGUGUGUGUGUUGGCAAAGAGUGGUACCGCUUCCCAAGCAGCUUCCUUCUGCCUCACAACUGGCAGCUGCACUUCAUUCAGUCUGAGUUUAAGGGGCAGCUUCCCCAGCCGUACGCCUCUGGGCCUCAGGCCACGCAACUCAUUCCGGCCCAUAUGAACGACCAGAACCUGGAGGAGCCAUCCAGAUAUGUAGAUAUAAAACAGUGCCACUACCUGGUGGAUUUGGAGACGGACGAGGAAACGCCACUUGAGCCUCGUUACUCGACCAAUAAAGAAGAGUGGACGGUCAUUGCUUAUAAGCCUUUCCUUCAAGCUUCAAGGUCCUCCCCUCUCUUCAGAGCCUUCUACGUCCCGUUCAUAUCGGACCAUCACACCACCUACAGGCGGUACGUGAUCUUGAAAGCGCGGCGGCAAAAGCAGCCUCGUAAGCGGGCCCACGGCUGACAUUCGGGUCUCAUCCUGCCCCCCCCCCCCCCCCCCCCUACCGAGUUUAAGAAAACCCUAACUAAGAGUCGGCGGCAUCUGUUCCAAGCAGCCGGCACUUGUGUGUGAGCGUGCAUGUGGUCUGUUUCAUGAAAUGUGGGAAUUAGCGGACCCUUUAAAGAUGCUAUGUCUGCUUUGGGGUGAAAUGAAUGUGAGGACAUGUUGUGUGUGUGGAGAUUUGACUGCCAAUCAUCAGCUGGGCUUUGUUUUCUACUUUUUUUCUGUUUGUAUAUUAAUGUCUUAAAGGCAUAAGCAAAAACAGGAUUUUACUGUCAAUCAACCUUGAAGAGGCACAACAACAACAAAAAAAUCCAAGUGUUUUCUUUUUAUGCUCUACUUGAAAAUGUGGCCUGAAUUGAAGCAUUCCUCUGAACGUUUGAUGAGAUGUAAUGUAAAUGAGGGUGUGUCGUUAACAGGGUUCCUCCACGGUCUUGAAAAGUAUGGUCUUCCUUCCUCCCCUUUUCCUUUCUUCCUAGGACCUUUUGCCCUUGCUACAGUCUUUUUCUGCUUUAAACAAUCCCUUUCUUUCCAUUCUUCCUUCCCUACAGUGUCUGCUUUUUGCAGGUCCCAUUUUUUUAAAGUGUGACCACUGCAGAGAGUUCUACCAUAAAUUCAUGGUAAAGUUUCCCUUUUGCAUUUUCAAACGUGGCCAAAACGUUGACGGAAAAAUAAAUCUAGAGAUGUAAGCCUGGAAAAGUGUUGAAUUUUGAAAUGAGAAGUAUGGAAGGAACCCUGCGUUAAUUUAAGUUGUGAAUAAUGUGAAUAAAUUCAUGCUGGAGUGUGA